CACACACACACACACACACACACACACACACACACACACACACACACACACACACACACACACACACACACAUCCAAACACAGCGGGCUCAGAGGGGCAGGGCAUGCUUUUUGUUGUAAUGAGUACCAACUACUAAUCUACCAUCACACUGCGGCACUGACUGCUACAACAGACGGUAGGAUGCGGGCUUCCCAUUAGACACCCACCCGUAUUUAUUUAUUUUUUUUAGCCACCGGAAACAUCCCUUUAAUUUGAGCUGCACCGAUCAAACAUGCCUCCGUCGACUCGUCUCGGGCUUUUCUCAGGGUGGAGGGACUCUAAACGAGAACAGAUGGGAUGCAAGUAGCUCGUCUUGCUUGAGGGACUCUGCAGAGCAAGGUAGUGAAAUCUCUUCCCCUUCCCCACUCCACGCCCUGUCAUUAUCAUCAAUAGCUGCCCUGGCAACCAUGUCCCCCCCAGCAUCGGCUGCGACAGCGACUGAGAGCAGUACGACCACCGUUCUGGAGGAGGACACCAGAGAGGAGCAAAAGCCCCUGAAGCAGUCUCUGAGCAAGUCACUGUGCCGGGAGAGUUUCUGGAAAUGCCUGCUGCUGUCUGUUCUCAUGUACGGCUGCAUGGGAGCGAUGGUUUGGUGUCAUGUCACCAAGGUGACCCGCUUCACCUUUGACAGGAAAUCCAUGAUGUACCAUGACAGCCCCUGCUCCGACGGCUACAUCUACAUCCCUCUGGCCCUGCUGGGGAUGCUCUACUUGGUCUACCUGGUGGAGUGCUGGCACUGUCAUGUGAAGAACGAGCUGCAGCACAAAGUGGACGUGGAGGGCAUCUACGAGCGCAUCCAAAGAAUGCAGCAGGCCAAACCGUGCAUCUGGUGGAAGGCCAUCAGCUAUCACUACGUCCGCAGAACACGACAAGUCACCCGCUACCGCAACGGAGACGCUUACACCAGCACCCAGGUUUACCAUGAACGAGUCAACACCCACGUGGCAGAAGCUGAAUUUGACUACAGUCAUUGUGGUGUGAAGGAUGUUUCCAAGCAGCUGCUGGGCUUGGAGAAGUGCGCGCUCACAAAGAUGCGCUUCACCAAAUGUUUCAGUUUCGCCAACGUGGAGUCGGAGAAUUCCUACCUCACGCAGCGAGCGAGGUUCUUCACUGACAACGAGGGCCUGGACGACUACAUGGAAGCCAGGGAGGGCAUGCACCUGAAGAACAUCGACCUGAAGGAGUAUGUCAUCGUGAUGUCCGACCCUGAGCGCCACCCCUGGUAUCUGUCCCACUAUGUCUUCUGGUUUGCCUCUUUUCUCACUUUCUCCUGGCCUCUCCGAGUCUUCUCAGAGUAUCACACCGCGUACGUCCACUAUCGCGUCGAGAAGCUCUUCGGGCACGAUUACCUCCCCGUGACCCCGUGUGAAGAGCGGCCAUAUUGGCGCCGCAUCCCCCGCGUUAACACCAUUGACAGUACAGAGCUGGAGUGGCACAUUCGGUCCAACCAGCAGCUGGUGCCCAGUUACUCGGAGGCGGGCCUCAUGGAUCUGGCUCAGUGCCCGUCCAGUUUCAGCGGGACGCGUCAAAAUUGCGAGCGCUGCCACAGAGCCGUCAGCUGCUCCUCAGUGUUCUCCCGGAGCGCCCUCAGCAUCUGCACCGGCGCCGGCUCCCGCAUCCCCUUCAGCGGCAGUCGCUUCUCCUUGGCGCGCCGCUACGGCUCCCAGCGCAGCUUCUUCUGGAGGAGCGGCAGCUUGGAUGACCAGGAGAGUCCCAGUGAAAACACCCGCUGCCUCUCGGAGCGACUCGCCACAGAUGAAGAGGAGCCCCCGGACUAUGAGGACGCACUGUGCUACCCGGUGCUCAUUGUGCAUUGCAGCGAGAAUUGCCACAACCACAGAUCGUUCCACAGAAACGGCUCGUGUGUGGAGACUUCCUUAUGACUAUGCAGUCACUGACAGAACAACAGUGGCAUUUCUGUAGCGUAAAAACAAUUUGCACAUCAGAAGUGUGUAAAUGAGUCUUAAUGUGAGAUACACAGAUCUGUGGCUGUGUUGUCUGAAACAAACGCCUGAUGUCUGAAUGUGUGAAUCACCAAAGCAAUAACAGUGGUUGGUGAACUGAGACGAAAGCAUCAGAAAUAUGUGAACCUGUUUGGAUACACACACAGAUACAGAAUGUAUCUGCCUUGCUUGCAAUUAGAAGCAAGCAGACAAUGACUGUUACAAUGUACAACAUUGCCAAGAAGAGCUCAUAAGCGUACCGUAUAGAUGAGAGUGAAACUGGAGCUGCAGUUACCUCAAAAGACCUUUCUGAGGCCACUUUAAUCAUCUCAUUCAUUCAGUGAAAUGUCAGUAACACAAACACGUCAGAGCUGAGCUGUGAAACAAAGUCAGAGCUGUUUGUGAUCAUCAUCAGGAAAGGUUAGGUGGAUACGUUAAAGUCUUUUUUAUUACAGCAAUAAACUGUGAAAAUAAAAACAAUCCUCUCGAAACAUAUCACAAAGAUACGUCAGAAACCAAACCUCCAGUCAAAAAGAGACACUUCACUCAUGGAUGUUCUCACAGUUGAUAAAACCAAUCAGAGAUGUUGAAACAUUUUCUUUAUUUGAAGCAGUGUAAAUGAAUUCUCAUGUACAUACAUGUUUUAUUAACAGGCCUCAUUUAGUUCUACCUGAGUGAAUGUUUUCAAACGAGCCUUUUGACACCUGCAGAAUACAGGUAUACAUUUAUGUUCAGUGUGGUUUUUAUGUUUCAGUGCUAAGUGACAUAAAACCAGAAAUAUCAUUGACUGUGUAAUGGAGGUGGGUGUAGUUGCCUUGGUGUCACCCACUGACUUUGGACUUUGCCUUUUUUAAUCCAUGAUUUGGGCAUUUUUCCUGUCAUGGUGUGCUUUUUUAUUUUAACACCGGAAACAACUACAUUUGGGCAACAUGGCGGAUGUUGCUUAACAUCCAACUGGUUGACAAGUUUUGUUGUAGUGACCUGUCAGUCCAUGUUUGCUGUACUGUAAUCCUGCUUGAGUGUCAAGAUGACUUGAAUCUACAGAUUAGAUCCAUAUGCGUAUUAGAAAAAGAACUUGGUCCUUUUCCCCAUCUGUUUUCAUCAUAGACUGUAUAAAACAUGGACGUAGUCUCAGUGACGUCACCACUGGUUUUUUGAUGCCCACUUUUGAAGUCCAUCAAUGGUGGCUGCCAUAUUGGAAUUGCUAUCUCAAACUAACUUUCAGUCAACCUAGUAAGAGGUAAAGAGGCGGACCUGAGAGGGGCCUCUAGCCUGCUGACAGAUGUGCCUGACUUUUAGUCAGAUCAGCCACGGCCAUUAAUAUGACUAACUCUUAACCUUCAUGAAAAAACAAAUGGAUGAGAUUUACCCACAUACAGCGUAUGCCAAUGAACCCAUGAGCUAUUCGGACCAAAUCUGUAUUUGAACCCGGCUGUAAACCAUUUUUUUUCUGCUCUAAAAAUGGCUUUUUUGAAAGGGUUUGUAUGUGACUUCUGGUGCUUUUGACACCCGAGGAAAUUCAGCUUUUUGCACUCCUGCAUUGGCUUCAUUUUUGAACACCAGAUGUUGCUGCUUGGUUUUCAUACAAUCUGAUUUCUUUUACAUCCGGUGGGGUUGCCUCUUGCUUUCCUUUAAAGAGAAUACAAGGUGACGGCUACACCAACUUCUAAUAUACAGUCUAUGAUAAAAACAUCUUAUCUUAUUAUUUAAGACCUUGUACCCUUACUCAGUAUAGAUGUGUCUUCAUCACUUCUUGACUGGUUUACUAUCGAGGCUUGUUUUGCUGCUUCUACAAUGGAUUCGACUGUUGGUGCUAAAUAUCAACUCCAGAGAGAAACAUGACUUUGUUUUGAUGUUGAUGGAUUAACACUUACUCCUAUAAAAAAAGUAUGAGGGCUGAGCGU